GGACAAAGUGACAAGAAGGAGAAAAGGGCAGGUGAACGAAACUCGACACAGGAAAUGCUAAAAGCGACAACAACAUGGCUUAAAGAAUAUGUCCAAGAGUGCCUGUUUUGCCUUCGUAAAGGUAGGAAAACGGGAGCACCGAAUAUAAGCCUAGUUCAUCUCUCCAAUGUAUUUUCCCAGUCUCUAGCAGAGGUGGGUCGGAACAGUCAAAGGUGUCGGAAAUCGGGAGAGCCGGAAAUCGGAACUGGCCAAAAAGUCGGAACUUGAAAAUCGGAAAUAAAAUUUUUUUUCAAAAAUUGGAAAUCGGAAGGAAAAAACGCCGGAAAUCGGAAUUCCGACCCACCUCUGGUCUCUAGUGUAAUUGGAGAGGCCAAUAGAGUUUCGCCAAAUAAGCCUCUCAUAUUUUUCACGCCUUUAUUCAAUAUUCUCGUUUGGCCGAUUUUAUUUAUUUUUUGCAUUUUUUUGUGUAGCUAUAGUUGCCAUUAUUUUUGUUGUUGGCGCCUUCCCCCAUGUCUGUAUAUCGAUUCUUUUUCAAUAAACCACAGGAUUGAAAGACUACGUUAUUUCUAUUUUUAUGGCCAUAAACUUCUCUCCUUUCUCUUUUAAAUUAUGGCGCUCAUAGUCUCAAAAAUUCAUAUUUUCCAGCUUCAUGCGGAGGAAAGAAAGGGAGAAAAUCCAAACAAGAUCCUUUUUUAAAGUUUGGCCAUUUAUGCGCGGGAACCAAUUAUUUCCUCAUCUUCUAAUGUAUUUUUUACUCUUGUUAGUGUUGAGGGUAUUUUAGUGUUGAUAAGUUGGUAUGGGAUGAGCGCAUGGACCAGGGAUGAGCGCAAGAGACAGUCUCAAAUAACGCAACGCAAGGC